AUGUCCUGUCUCUUCUCUCUUAGUCUCAGGCAAGUCACUUCCCCGAAUCUCCGGAGAAGCAACGGCUCCAUGGCAGGCGGUGAGUCACUCUGUGCAAACACCCUGGUUUGUUUUUUUCUCUGGUUGACGGACCACGAUGCUUCAGAUUUCUCUGCAACUGCAACGGCUACCAAUUUCUUGUUUACUGGCUUCUUGAAUCACACACAGUUGGUUUGUUCAAGACACAACAUGCUCAAGUCAGGAGAAGUGGUGAAACUAGCUAUAUGCUCGGUAAAGAAACCUGUCAGUCUCAUAAGCAGCAUUCACCUCUGA